CAAUUUUCUUAUUGUAUUGUACUAACUGUAUAUACUAUGCUAUAUAAGCCGCGGUUCAUCGGAGAUUUAUUGUCUACCAUAUACUAUGAUAUAACUAAAUUAUCACUAAAUAUCAUAAAGCCCGUCAUCGUGUGAUUUUGUCAUAAAUUCGUAAAUAAUAACAUUUUGGUUGCUUAGUCCUGUUCUCUUCGUCAUAAAUUAAUUGAAUUGAAUUUAACUGAAUUAAAUUAUAACUAAUAGUGAUGAUAAUAAAUAAAUUAUGAACUGAACUGAUUGAAACUAAACUGAAUUGAACUGAUUGCAACUAAAUUGAAAAUAAGUUGGAGAGAACAAACUCUUAAUUUGAAUUUUAACUAUAAAUUCAUAAACAAUAACAUUUUUUCUAACUAGAAUAUAACACUGAUUAUAAAUAAAAGAAAAUUAUUCGAUAAUUAAUGUAAUUCUAGGAAAAGUUAAGAGCAUUUUAGAGAGAAUUUCUUUUGGGAAGUUUGACUUUUUUCAAAAAUUUAAAAACAGCCUUGUGAAUUGUGAUAUCAACUCUUAUCUUGUAGCGAGUUGACAUCCACAUGAAAAUUUAUACUUCUUUCAUUCAGUUUUAAAUGAAAUAUUGGGUGAAAUGACACUAUUCAUUGAUCAAUUUUGACUCAAAUUUAUCGUCAUUAUAUAAAGAAAAACAUAGUUAAGUGGGAAGCGCGUUGGGGUCACGUCAAAAAAUAAACUUUUCAUUUAAAAUUGAACGGGGGAGGAAGUACUUUCUUUGAUCCUAUUUAAAUGCAACACUUUUAGUUAUGACACUUGACACUAUUAACAGUUAUUUAUAUAACUAACUUUUGUGUUUCAUAUGUAGGGAAAAUUAUAAUCAUAUGUGAUUUAUUGGUUCGUCUCAAUGUUUAUUUUACUAAUAUCUAAUGUUUACAGUUUUUACAAAAGUAUAACUAAAAUAUUAAUAUUUCCUCCGUUCCGUUUUAAAUGCAACAAAAAGGUUAUUAUUUAUGAGAUAUAAAAUAUUCAUUUGUUACAUUUAGACGAAACGGAAAAAAUAGUUUAAAUGAUGCAUUUACAAGCGUGAAACUAAAGCAGAGGAAGUAACUUGUGAACAAGUUUUCUAGCACUUCUAUUUGAUGUUGACGCUUCUCAGCUUCCCAAGAAACAGACUAUUUCCCCAACUGAAGCAAGCAACGUACUUAUUCAUUUCUGGCAGUAAGUAGUUUUGGCAAAGAAUAAAUUAUUCACCACUUUUAUCUAAUCUAGGAAUUAGCUCAUGCUAAAGGGAGGAAUAUCAUCUCAACCUAACUUAGUGCAUUUGAAUGGAAUCACCUAGUAUGAUUGCAUGAGCUCAUGUGUAUUAUUGAGAAUGAUAUAUAAUAAACCCUGCUACUCUUAACCUUAAUCUUUCUUUUUUUAACUCCUCCAGGUUAAUCUCCAACUGAUUGACGUACCUAUUAACAUACUGCUAGUGAACCACGUCAAAUCUGUGUGUUCUUUAUUCGUUGAAUUUUCUUAUAUCUUUCUUGCGUCUGUUAUAUCAUACUCAAUAUGGGGAAUAAACAAUCAACCGCUGCCAGAAACAGGAUUUCACAGCUAGAGACAGAACUUUCUUCAACUCGGAAUGCACUAUCAUCAACUCAAAAUGCACUAUCAUCAACUCAAAAUGAGUUGAAAUCUACCAAUGUUAAGUUAUCAUCUACCAUGGCUAGUUUGAGAGAAUCACAACAAAAGGUAGAGAAGCUUACAAAAGAUAAUGCACUUCGUGAAAUUUUAGUAACAAAGUUGUCCAAAGUAGGGGAGCUUCAAGAACAAGUUCAUUCUACCAAGUUUGAGGCAUUAUCAAGUAAAUUUAUGUUGGAAGUCUCAAGAAAAGAGGAAGAAGAGCUCAAAGAACAACUUAUAGCUCGAAAAAAGUUCCAAGAUGAUAUAGAAAUGAAAGUAAAAGUGUUAAUGGAGAUGGAAAAACAAAUCUCCUUUGUGAAUGAUGAAAUGUUAUCUACCAUGUCUAGUUUGAAAGCGUCGAAAAAUGAGGAAAAUAUGCUUAAAGAACAACUUUUAACUCAAGAUAAGGUCCAAAAAGACAUGGAAAUGAAAUUGGAAGUGAUAAGGAAGCUUGAGAAACAACUUUCACAAACUAAAAAUGAGGCAUUAUCAAUGAAGCAUGAUUUUGAGGCAUCAAAAAUGGAGGAAAAUAUGCUUGAAGAACAACUUGAAAGUUUUGAAAAGUUUAAUCAAGAUAUAGAAAUGAAAUUGCGAAAGGUAAUGGAGGUCGAGAAACAGAUUAUGUUUAGUAAAGCCGAAGGUUUGUUUGUUAAGGCUAGUUUACAAGCAUUGAGGAAGCAAGAAGAAGGGCUUAAGAAGCAACUUUUGGAAUUUGAAAAGUAUCAAAAAGACAUGGAAAUAAAACUAGAGAAGAUAUUUGAGCUUGAACAAGAAAUCUCAUUGUCUGAAGUUGAAGCAUUAUCCACCAUGGAUAGUUUAGAAAACUCGAAAAACGAGGUAGAGAAGCUCAAAGAGAAACUCUUAGCACUUGAAAAGGUACAACAAGCAAUGGAGGAGCUAAGGGUGUUAUAAUUAUAAUUGUAGUUAAUUGAAGAAGGUUAAUGUGUAUGUCAUUUAUAUAUAUGUAUGGAAUUACUUCCUAUAUAUGCCACCAAUCAGUUGUAGCGUUUGUUUAUUUUAUGAUCAAAGUUCAUGAACUUGACUAAA